UGGAGUUGAUGAUAUUUCCAUUUCUGGUGAAAUUGCAUUGGGAGGUAAAAUGGUAAAAUUGCAUUAUUGAGAGCAGAGAGACAAAAGAGACGACGGAGUGGAUUCCGUACCAUUCAUGGCGGAGUCAUCCAAGCGUAUCGUCACCAUCACCAUCAUCUCGAAGCAUUCCUCUUUCUUCUUCGCCUCCGAAGCAGCCGGACUCGUUCAUGCCUCAAGAAAUGGAGGGUCUCAAUGAUGUACCAUAGGAAGAAGCCAUGGAAUAUUUAUCAAACAAGAAAUUUCCCAUCAAUUCAAAAGAUUACAAGUUAUAUGAGGAAGUUGGUGAAGGUGUUAGUGCCACAGUGUACAGAGCUCUCUGCAUUCCAUUUAAUGAGAUAGUCGCUGUCAAGGUUAUGGAUCUGGAGAGGUGCAACGAUAACUUGGAUGGUAUUCGACAUGAAGUACAAACUAUGAGCCUGAUUGAUCAUCCAAAUGUACUCAGGGCACAUUGCUCUUUCUCAGUGGGAAGCUGCCUCUGGAUUGUGAUGCCUUAUAUGGCUAGUGGAUCUUGUCUUCACAUAAUGAAAUCUUCUUAUCCAGAGGGUUUUGAACAGGCUGUUAUUGCAACACUAUUACAUGAAGUUCUUAAAGCUCUUGUUUAUCUUCAUUCCAAUGGACACAUCCACAGAGAUGUUAAGGCUGGGAAUAUCUUGGUUGAUUCCAAAGGUGCAAUUAAGUUGGCUGACUUUGGAGUUUCGGCGUGUAUGUUUGAUGCUGGAGAUAGACAACGUUCAAGGAACACAUUUGUGGGAACUCCAUGCUGGAUGGCUCCUGAAGUUAUGCAGCAAUUAAAUGGAUAUGACUUUAAAGCAGACAUCUGGUCUUUUGGAAUAACCGCUCUGGAACUUGCUCAUGGUCAUGCCCCAUUUUCCAAGUAUCCACCAAUGAAGGUGUUGCUGAUGACAUUACAAAAUGCACCACCUGGUCUUGACUAUGAAAGGGAUCGAAGAUUUUCAAAGUCGUUUAAAGAGAUGGUAGGUGCUUGCUUAGUGAAGGAUCCAAAGAAGCGUCCCACAUCAGAGAAGCUUUUGAAGCACCGUUUCUUUAAACAUGCACGCUCAAAAGAGUUUUUGGCCUGGGCUAUUCUUAAUGGCCUUGCUCCACUCGGUGACCGGUUUAGGAUGCUGAAGGUGUAAUUGCUCAUUCCAAAUAUUUUAUAUGUUGUGUUUAUAACUCUCAUGUUAGUUGGAAUCUCUCAUAUUAGGCGUAGUGUGGUUGCCUUCUUUGUCCAUGCAAAAGAGGCUGACUUUCUUGUACAAAAGAGGGGUAUGGAUGGGAAUAAAGAGCAACUAUCACAAGUAA